GCGUUAGAGAAUGUGUCGGCACGAGACAGAUGUUGACUUGAAUAAUCCCAAGUUAUUUGGUGCACUGCCUCAAUGAAUAGUAUUCUCCAUAGCCUCACUACCAUUCAAUCUACAUGGCUAGAGAACAAAAUCAAGUUUCAUCAGUUAGAUUAAUUUAUGCUGUAGGUGAAGACUGAACACUCUUCACUUCUUUAACGAAUUCACGCCCUUCACAUAAAGUAAGACUUUCAUAUUUGUUUAAUAUAGGCAAUUUGAAUGCAAAAACAAACUCCAUCAAUAUUGUACCAAAAAAUAAACCGUGUAACUUUUGGACAUACGAUCUAGUAAAGUUGACGAAGGAUGUGGAAAUGUAGCAAAUAAUGAUGCCAUAAGUUCCAACAUUUUCCAAAUUGGCAUCCUUUGAGUCUGUAAAGGUGAAUUCCAGCAAGUCUGCUUUUAGAGAAUCAAAGCCUACCAUUGAAGUGAUAUUCCGUGAGGCGAAGUAAAAUGGGGUGCCAGCCAUUGGAAAAGGCAAAACCUAAACAUAAGAAGGGUUUAUGGUCACCUGAAGAAGACAAUAAGCUCAGAAACUACAUCCUUAAGCAUGGUCAUGGAUGCUGGAGUUCUGUCCCCAUUAAGGCAGGCUUGCAAAGAAAUGGAAAGAGCUGCAGACUAAGGUGGAUUAACUAUCUAAGGCCAGGAUUAAAGAGAGGGAAAUUCAGCAAACAGGAAGAGGAGACAAUUCUGGCCCUUCACCACAUGCUAGGCAACAAGUGGUCACAGAUAUCACAGCAUUUGCCAGGAAGGACAGACAAUGAAAUAAAAAACUACUGGCAUUCAUAUUUGAAAAAGAGAAUGGCCAAAUCUAAGGAAAUGGAAUAUGAAAACCAAAUGAAGUAUGGUAGCUCAAGCUCAGAUACCAUGGACUCUUCACAUUCUUUCCAAAAACUUGCAACUCAAGGCCCUCAGAAUUAUGGCUUCAACAAAGAGGCUUGUCAAAGCUCAUUACCAAAACUUUUAUUUGCUGAGUGGCUUUCAUUGGAUCAUGUAAAUGGUGGGAACACAAAUUCAGUUGACUCUUUGGGUUUGAGAAAUGGAUUUGAUCAAAAUUCAACUUUUCAAGAAGCUUCAAUUCAUGAUAUGUCAGAGGUACCCUUUGGUGGAGAGUAUCAUAGAUGUGUAACCAACAUUUCAGCCUCUGAGAUGUUCAAUUCACAGCUAAAGUAUGCAAAUCAAACGGUGGAAAAUGGUUUCCUCCAUUGUGUAACCGGGGUUGACUUAUGUAGCAAUUUCAGCGUGAGCAAUGAUGCAAUAAUGUACGUAUGAUUGAGAGCUAAGGCCUAAGAGUGAGGAAUAAUAUUUUCUAAUUAUACAUACUUAAAACAAUCAAACUAUAGCCAUAUAAAAUAAUAGUUCCAUUUCAAGUUGUAUGUACUAUACUCCUACCCACUUCCAAUGAGUUCAAUGCCACCACACUUGAUUAAUUGUUA